AUGGUCAUUUCCUCAAAACCAAUCAUCGUCGUAACAGGUGCUAAUGCAGGUGUAGGGUUUGGCAUCUGCCAACGUCUUCUUUUCCAGUUGAGCCAGGCCUACCCAACCGAUGCUCUCCCUCAGGCUUUUGCCCCAGAUACCCAAACGACGGAGAUACCCACCACUUAUGAUGGUCUCACUUUAAUAAUGGCAUGUAGAAGUGAAAAGCGUGCGGCAGAGGCUCGGGCGAAGCUUCUUCGUCUCUUCAAUGCACACGUUGAAAUCUUGCGAAAAAGCCCUAAUUAUGAUGGACACGCUCACAAAUUCCGGGAGAAUGUUGACAUCCAAUUUCAUUAUCUCGACCUUGCUUCGAUCGUGAGUGUAUUUCGCUUUGCAGAAGAAUUAUCGCAGAGAUACCCCUACAUUUCCCACCUAAUUUGCAAUGCUGGCGUCAAUAGCUUCAAGGGUCUCCAUUGGCCAACUUUCUUUCAACAAUUCUUUACAGAUCCUGUUGGUGUGGUGACACACCCAAGGUUCAACCUUCAACACAAGGGAGAGCUGAGUAUCGACGGCCUGGGUUGGGUUUGGCAAUGCAACACGUUUUCGCAUUAUACUUUGUUCCGUGAACUGCAGCCUUUGCUGACGGCGUCCCCUACUGAGGCCAGGGUAAUUUGGUCUUCGUCCCUCGAAGCCCUGCCCUGCUUCUACGAUUCAGAAGACUGGCAGCUCAAGAAUACGGACCACUCUUACGAGGGUUCUAAAUACCAAAUUGACCUCAUAGCUACUGCUCUGGAACAACAGUCCAUCCAGGAGGUUGCUCCAGAUUCCAAACGUAUACGGCAUUUCAUCUCACAACCUGGAGUUUGUAACACGCAGGUUGUGCCUGUAGGAAUGGUGCUCGACUUCAUAAAAGUUAUCCUUUUCUACUUGGCCCGCUUGUUUGGUUCUGUUAACCAUAAUAUCGAACCAUUCAAGUCUGCUAUCGCCACCGUCCAUCUUGUAUUGGCUCCCCUUUGCUUCAUCACACCCCUCAUGGGAUCCAGAUCACUUGCACCAGCCAAUGAAACAAAUUCUGACCUUCUUGGAACACAUCCUAUUCGAUUUGGAUCGCAGACUGAACGAUGGGGUGAUGAGCAUGUCGGGUUGACCGAGGUUGCUGAGUGGGAAACCCAUGAGGAGGAAAGUGAGGCGCUGUUAGCGCGAUGUGAUUUGCUCCUCCAUUCCUUGCGCAUUUCUGAGAGGGUAACAAUGGACUUCGAAACUGCCAGUGAACAUAUGUAG